GCACUAAUGGAGCGGGACCGGUGAAGAGCUGCUCCAGACCGGGGCCCAGGCGGCGGAAACGACACGCCGCGGGAGCGGGUCCGCGCGACACCGCCUUCUAUUCUUUGGCCAGGCGUGAGACUUGCGAUGUCACUAUGUCCUUCCGGCUCCUCGCCACUCCGUUCCGGGCCUCCGGAGGACCCGACAUCAGGACGCCCUUCUACCUGCCCGAACGCGCCUGUGUUUUGGAUCCUGUUUCCCGCGCAGGCUGCCCGGUGCGAGCCGGGGAGCACAUAAUGAAGCCAAGUGGAAUUCAGCUGGUGGUGCAGCCUGGGGAGAAUGCUCUGCUUUGGUGUGAUGAGAUGAAACGGACACAGACAAUCCCGCAGGCUCUUCUGGAGACAGCUGCUUUGAGAAGAACGUGUGAGGGUCACAGUGGCAGCGUGCCAAGCAGGCCAGACCAGUGCUCUCUUUCCAAGGCUCGCUCUGGGGGCUCCCCAAAUGUCUCAAAGCCAUCUGAGAGAUUUAAUCCUUCCACGGUGUGCAAGGUCUGCCCUCAGGCCUCCCUCCAGCGGAACGUCCCCAAAACAGCUCCCGGUGCACCAACCAGGUUAAACCCUACCAGGUUCUGUGGGUGGCCUGGCCUCCAGGUACUCACUGAGGACACAACCCAUAGGACUGGCUCCAGAGAACUGUUUGCUAAGGGAGAAUCUACCAAAAACUCCAGCGUCAAGAAACAGCCAGCUGUGGAUCACUGGAAAAGGGAAAAUCCUUCCACCACCCAAAGGGGGGGUGACACCGGAGAAUCUGGAGGAAACCCCACGACGACACAGGGAGUCCAUGCAACUUCCACACACAUGGAGCCACGGGGAUAACCUCAAACCACAUUUCUCGAGGUGCGAGGCAUUGAUGCUAAGCACUGUGUCACCGUUCUGCCAUAUAAUUAUUAUUAUUAUUGUUGUUGUGUUAUUGAUGCUGUCGUUAAUAAUAAUUCAUAUGUUUGUUUAAUCAUUGAAAAAUAAUAGGUUGUACAAUACUAAGAUAUAUAUAUACAGUAUUUUGGUUAGCACAGUAGAGUUGUCAAGGAUGCCAAUAAUCCAUGGGGUGCUGAACAUGGCGG